UUUUCCCGGAUGAGGCCAACUUGAAUGGCUGUGAAAGUGGGAUGCAGUUGUGAGGGAACACUAAACAUAUGGAACAGUACUGCGAGAACAUCAAUCAUAGCUUUGAAAGUACAGAACCUCUGCAGCUGGAAACCAUACUUGCAGCUCAUCAAUAUUCAGUUUCUUGGUGCCGCUCCUCCAGGCGCACAACCGUCUCCAGUUGCUUCGCUGGCAUCUGGCUCGCGGCUGGACUAAACUCCCCGAAGUAUCACGUGAACAGUGGAAAAAGCAAGUCUUAUAAAAGGUAAGCACUGCCAAACCUGCACGCCUUUCUCUUCAAAGCUUAAGGAAAAAGGGACGCUAUCGCAAAAAUGGCGUAUUAUACCUGAAUACGUCUUUAUUUUACUUCUGGAAUGAAACCCCUAAAACUUCGUUGUUCGGGAAUCUCCGCCAGUGCACUGCGAACGAGUAACUUAAUAUAGAAUCCAGAUGUUGGAGUUUGGCAGAGGAGUCUAGCAGUUGCGUUGCUGAGUCGUCGUUUCCAGCGUGGCCAGCCCCGGGUUGCCAGCCGAGCACCAGAGGGAGGACGUGACGGCAUGCUCUAAGGGGGCCGGGAGGGGGAGGCCCUGUUUCUCAAAUACAGUCCUUCAGCAACAACUCGACAAAGCACAGGCAAAAUGGGAAGACGGCCUGGUGUCACGGGGCCGGACGAGGAAGGACAUGUUCGUGACUGAACACCGGGGACGGAACGCAGAUCCAAAGUGUAGAUCCAAAGAGGAGGGCUAACCAUCAUCACAGUUCCCCAGAAAGGAGAGAAUAAAUCUUGCAUGGGAAAGGAAUAGUGUGGGUUAUAUUAAAGGGGAAAUUCAAAGAGUGGUUUUCACCCAGACACCAUGAGGAGGUUCCACCUCAAAGGGGACCUUCUGUGCACCUUCCUCCUGCUGAUCCUGCUCUGCCUGCUCCUGUAUGCCCACCACGCCCUCACACCCGACUGGGAAACUUGGAGACUUGAUGAAAAGGCCACCAGCUCCCGGGCACUCCUGGGGGCUGUAACCGAGAGCCAGGAGGUGAAGUUGGCCCCUACCCAGGGCCCAGAGCGGCCCACCAACCAGGCUCUCUUCCAGUUCCACUUUCAGUCCCAUUCCCAGUCCCGGUCUCAGCGCAAGCUACAACCCAGACUGCAGCCUAAGGCUCAGGCAAAACCUCAGGCAAAACUUCAGCUUAAGACCCAAGCUAAACUCCAGCCUAAAACCCAGUCUAAGACCCAGGCUAAGCCUCAGUCUAAACCUCAGGUGCAGGCUAAGCCCAAGGGUGCUCAGAAGGUCGAGCCACCGCCACCCAUGGUAACCCGUCCACCCUUUGACUUCCAGCAGUACCUGCUGGACAAAGACAACCGGGACUUCACCCUUCUAAUAGACCAGCCAUCGAAGUGCGUGGAGAAGACUGGGAAGCCCCCUUACCUGCUCAUUGCCAUCAAGUCGGUGGCGGCCGAUUUCCACAAGCGGCAGGUGGUCCGCCGCACCUGGGGCCGGGAGGGCACAUUCCAGGGCGGAGUGCAGGUGGAGACAGUCUUCCUGUUGGGCGUGCCCCACAACAAAAGCGCCCUCCCUCUGUGGGAUCGUUUGCUGGCCUAUGAGAGCCGCACCUUCCGAGACAUUCUUCUGUGGGACUUUGAGGACACUUUCUUCAACCUGACCCUGAAGGAGACCCAUUUCCUCAAAUGGGUGAACACCACCUGCCCUGAAGUCAAGUUCAUCUUCAAGGGUGACGCCGAUGUCUAUGUCAACAUCGACAAUAUCCUGGAGAUGCUGCGCGAACAGGAUGCCAACGGGGACCUCUUUGUGGGCGACAUCAUCUUCCACGCCCGGCCCAUCCGGCGUCGCAACAGCAAGUACUUUGUUCCUGAGAUUGUGUACGGCCAGGGGAUAUACCCAUCGUAUGCGGGGGGCGGGGGGUUCGUCAUGUCAGGGUUCACGGCGCGUCGGCUCCACAGGGCCUGCCAGGAGGUGGAGAUCUUCCCCAUCGAUGACGUCUUCCUGGGAAUGUGCCUCCUGCGGAUUGGCCUGGAGCCGUCGCGCCACGAGGGCUUCCGCACGUUCGGCAUCGUCAAGCCCUCGGCCGCACCCAACCUGCAGGUCUUUGACCCCUGCUUCUACCGGGAGCUGAUGGUGGUACACAGCCUGACCGUCCCUCAGAUUUGGCUCAUGUGGAAUCUGCUGCAUGACCCCCAGUUGACCUGCCACACCCGGAUCGUCCCAACCGCAUCGCCCUUCAAGUGGAGGGGGAAGACCACAAUCCCACCCAAUGUGCAGCGCACAACGCCCCCUCCCCCACAGCUAGCUGACUAUGGAGUAGAGGUGUUUGUGAAACACUGAACGCAUAGGUCUUGGAUCUCAAACUCCAUUCCUGAAGGGCUGCAGAAACUUUAUUCAGGAUUUUAUAGGUUCCUUGUAAUGAGCAACUAAUUUAAGCCUUGGAAACAAAGUGUGUGGACUCUAGCCAAUCAGUGACUUAAAUUUAGACACUGCCGUGGCCAUCCAGGAUUUGAGUUUAAGAUCCCUACCAUUGGAGACAGAAAGAAUGGAGCUGAUUGAGGGCCAGCUUGUGUUACCCACAGUUUUUUUUUUUGUUGGCCGCUACUUAGAAAACUCAAAGACGCUUAAUGAGGUAGUGAAAUUAGAAGCGGAGUUUGUAGCCACAUACAGAUAGCUCUUUCUGUCAUUUCUAUGAUGUUAUUAUUUAUCACGUCCUGAAGCACACUUCAUUAAAGGCUGAAAUUUUUUUCCGUCCUGCCUGACCACUGAAGUUGUUGGUGGUGAGCCCUUUACCUGAAUAAGGAUGAAUCUGAGAAAACAAGCUGUGAUUUAAUUAACCCCUCCGUCCCCCCAACACGGUAUAUUUUCAGAAUUCAGGACCUGACAUGCAGAUUUUCCUUAAAUCCUUUUCUUAAAUAUUUCAUUUUUGUGGAAUUAUUUUUGCUGGCAAUAAUGAUUUCUGUAGUUGGGUGGGGCAGGGGCAUUUAUUGAAACGGCAACAUUAAUACUGGUGGAGUAUAUGCACUAAUUCGAAGAUCAUCCUGCAAAACAGUAUGUGAACAACUGCGUUACUGCAAGACCUCCUGGGUGAGGCCACAGUUUUGGAGCCAUCCUCAUGCUGGGAACAUCAAAGAUGUAAUUACCAUUUUACAAGCUUCUGUGAAUUCAGCGAGUCGCUACACAAAGUGUCCAACAAUCGUUUAACAUAGCUUCCUCUCUGUCAAGUCUUAAGCAUACAUUAGAAGUAUGUGGGGGAAAGGGAAAUGUGAAAAUUGGUGCACCUGUGACCAGUAGUACCCAACGAAUUCCAUUCCACUGUGAUGUGUUCAGAGAUGACUCCAUGGAAGCGUUUCCAUGACACCUGGGGAACUCUGCUGUAAGGAUGGAAAUCAUCAGGUUCUUACCAUUGUUGGCUUCUCACACCUAAGGAUUCGUUUUUAAAAUGAGCAACACUGUAGAAGACAAUCACCAAGGAAUGAAGAACUGCUGGAUUUUCACCUUAAAAAGCCUAACUGGUGUGCGUUCAACUUUUUUCGUUUAUCAAAAGAAAUCUGCUGUUAGAAUUGAAAAAACUAAACAAGGAACAUGUAAUUGAUUUUUCUACACCACCUACUGUAGGUAGAUUCCAUUACUAUCAGACACAAUUAAUGGACAAAAAGAAAAGAGUGAACACUGAAAUUUUUCAUGAUGGAAACAGUGUGCAUGCGUUUCUUAGACAACUCUUAGAAAAAGAAAAAAAAUCAAUGCAAAUGUUU